GAGAUAAUAUGCAGUGUGAAUGCAAGGAAAGGGAAGGUUUUCCACGUGCAGUCUCACUGUAACCUCCCACGAUAAGUAGGCGAGAGGCACAAAUAAAGACGCUUGCCUCAGUUUAUUCAGAGCGAAGAAGGGGAUCUCCGAGAGGGAGCUGCGUUGAUCUGCACCCAUGGUCUGGACCCAACCCUCCUGCACUUUCCUUGUCUCAAUUCUUUUCCUCCUCUGUGCAGCAUUCUGCUCCUCACAGGAAGAAAGCUCAGGAGAUGAUGGCAGGGGAAGAAGUCUCGUCUAUGUUAAUAGUCCAACAAAUGGAAGAUCCAAGGACAUUGAGGGAGUGUUGGAUAAAACCGCCAAGUAUUACUUGACCACGGCUAUUACAACGACCGUGAUCCCUUCUCUCUAUAUCAUGGUCUUUGCCUUUGGCCUCGCAGCUAAUGGCUUGGCUCUGAUCAAUCUCAUCACCAAUAUCCAGCGGAUGCCCUCCACCAUCUUCCUGAUGAACCUGGCAACGGCCGACCUCCUCCUGAUCCUGGCGCUGCCCUUUAAAAUCCACUAUCACUUCCAGGGCAACAACUGGGUCUUCGGCGAAGCUCUGUGUCGGACGGUGACCGCCUUCUUCUACGGCAACAUGUACUGCUCCGUCCUCCUCCUCACCUUCAUCAGUAUCGACCGAUACUGUGCCCUGGUCCACCCGUUCUACUCCAAGCGGUUCAGAGACAAUAGGUUUGCUGCGGCGACCUGCUUGGUCAUCUGGGCUCUCGUUGGGCUCUCUGUCAUCCCCUUUCUUCUCCAGAGGCAGGUGUACCCAUCCGAGGAGUUGAACAUCACAACCUGCCACGACGUCUUGCCCGAAGACAUGCAGCAUGGCUACUUCUUCUACUACUUUGUGUGCUUGGUUGUCUUUGAGUUCCUCAUUCCCUGCCUUAUAACGAUAUUCUGUUAUGUAUCUGUAAUCAAAACACUGAUGGCCAAGAGUGACAAAUAUAUCAAAGCAAUAAGGGCCAUAAUCCUCGUGCUGGUGGUCUAUGUGGUCUGCUUCGCUCCCAGUAAUAUCAUCUUGCUCAUCCAUUUCUCCCAGUUUCACCUGGUAGGGAACAAUCACCUGUAUUUUUGUUACGCCAUCUGCCUUGUAUUCAGCACCCUCAAUAGUUGUAUAGACCCCUUCAUUUAUUACUAUACGUCUGAUGAGUUUCGCCACAGUGUGAGAAGCAUUAUAUCUUUUCGGAAGGAGAAGAGAAGCGAGGACUCCAGGAAAACCAUUAUCCCUGUAGAUUGCACAUCGACAUCAAAGACAGUUUAGUUUAGUUUAGAGAUACAGCGUGGAAACAGGCCCUCUGCACCGACCAGCGAUCCCCGCACAUUAAUACAACCCUACACAUGCACUAGGGGCAACCUUACAUUUCAUACCAAGCCAAUUAACCUGCAAACCUGCACGUCUUUGGAGUGUGGGAGGGAAGCAAAGAUCUC